GUGGCACUGGUUGUACCUCGAAGAAUUGUAAAGUCUUAAACAUUUUGUAAACAUUUUAUGAAACUAACCUGGCGGUGGUAGACCAUUUCACAAUGUGUAGGCUAUAUUCAGCUGCCACGUCUUGAAGACCUUUGGCGGACAUCAUCAUUAUCCUGAACUGUGUCGAUGACUGAAUGCCAGCAUGCCUCUUGUAGAGUUUGCUGCAGGAUGGGUUUCAGGUGCUUUAGGAUUAGCUGUGGGACAUCCAAUGGACACAGUAAAGGUACGCAUUCAGACCCAGUCCAAGUACAAAGGGAUAUUUGAUUGUGUCAAAAAGACAUACACACAUGAAGGGGUCCAUGGCUUUUUUAAGGGCAUGGCAUUCCCUGUCUUGUCUGUUGCCAUCAGCAAUUCCGUGCUCUUUGGUUCCUAUAGCAAUGCCUUGGAUUACCUCACCCAGUCCCAGAGGAAUGACCGCAGUCAAGGCAACCAUGCAUCAGCAGCUGCUGUCUUUACAGCUGGAUGCUUUUCAGGUGUUGCACAGGUGUUUGUGACGGCUCCCAUAGACCUGGUGAAAGUGCGCCUGCAGAGCCAGACUAAAGGACGGGCUGGUUUGGGAGGGGAUAAGUACCGAGGCCCUAUGCACUGUGUCUCCAUGAUCCUGAGGGAAGAGGGGGCCAGAGGGCUCUUCAGGGGAAUGUGGGCCCUGGCGCUGAGGGAUGUGCCUUGCUAUGGACUCUACUUCCUGCCUUAUGAGCUUACUGUCAGGAUGCUGACUGACAAGGACAGACAACCAGGUACAUUUGCAGUAUUGAUGGCGGGUGGUGUAGCCGGCGUGGUGACGUGGGCCUUUGCGACCCCGAUGGAUGUGGUGAAGGCCCGGCUGCAGAUGGUGGGUGCGGGCGGCCGAGUCUACCGGGGUGUGCUGCAUUGCAUUGCCGUGAGCGCGCGCGAGGAGGGCAUGCGUGUCUUCUUCAAGGGCCUCCUUCUCAACAGCCUCAGGGCCUUCCCGGUCAACGCGGUCACCUUCCUCAGCUAUGAGAGCCUCAUGACAGCUCUAACAUCAGGGCCAGCAGACGCCUCCCACCGCUGACACACACACACACACACACACACACACGGCUGUUAGGCUGCUCCAACUUUUCUUUCCCGUCAGUUGAGCCAUAUCCGUGGACAGUAUUGCCUUAACACUCCACUGCACUGAGUCACUUAGUCACAGUCAAUAGCCAAAUGGAACUUGCAUGUCUACUUGUGUUUUUAACAGUGCUGUGAGCCAGUCGCUCCAUUCCGUUUGGUCUGCCUAACUGUCUUUUGAACACUUGCUAGGCUCAGUAAGAGAAUGUACUGCCAAGAACAGGACUUUAUCAGUCAGUACUGAUUUAUUCCAGAUAAGUGGUUUUUGUGAGAGACUACACCACGGAAAAUAUUUAUGGCUGACUGAACAGAGAAUGUAGAGUGGGGAAUGUGUGAAAGUCAGUCCUGUUGUAUUCCAGGUG